UUCCGGUUUUGUGCUUGUUCUCUGCAGCGGGUUCGACGCAGCUCCCUCCUCCCGGUCCAGCCAAAGACUUUUUUUUUUUUGGCAGGAGCCCGCACCCCCCUCCCUCUCACACCGACCAGGGUUUGUUCUUCCCCCUCCAAGAUGGAGGCCUUAGGGGGCUACCCUUCCAAGUCCUCCAACCCAAAAGCUAAAAAGUUGACGGUGCUGCUGAGCAUGACAGUCGGCGUGGGGUGUUUGUUCCUCCUGCAGACCCAGCUGGUGAAGCCGAGGAAACCGAGGGAUUUUUAUUCUUUCGAGGUCAAAGACGUGAGGGGCAGGUCGGUUUCCCUGGAGAAGUACCGAGGGAAAGCGUCUUUGGUUGUAAACGUGGCGAGUCAGAGCGAGCAGACCGCGGCGAACUACAUGUCUCUGCAGGAGCUCCACCGGGAACUGGGCACCUCUCACUUCAACGUCCUGGCCUUCCCCUGCGGCCAGUUCGGGGACACCGAGACCGGGGCCAGCAGGGACAUCGAGGCUUUCGCCAAGUCCACCUACGGUGUCACUUUCCCUUUCUUCAGCAAGAUCAAAGUAAUGGGCUCAGAGGCGGACCCUGCCUUCAAAUUCCUCACAGAUUCUGUGCAGAAAAUUCCAAAGUGGAACUUCUGGAAGUUUCUGGUGAAUCCAGAGGGGAAGGUGGUCCGGUUCUGGCGAGCCGACGAGCCCAUGGAGAGCGUCCGACAAGAGGCCACGGCGCUGGUGCGAGAAAUCAUCCUGAAGAAACGGGUGGAGCUAUGAUGGGGCCUACGGACAGAUACUGGACACGCCGCUGUGCUUUGAGCAGCCAGGAAUAACAAGCGGUGGACUAUGAACUGUCACAGUGGGCUUGGUUGGGUGAUGGCUCGCUCCAGACGCACGCAGGACGAAAAGCGCCACUAAGUCAGAAUGUCAGGCUUUGUCUGUGUGUAAUAGGGACCAUCCUGUGGUUAAUAAUGACAAUGAUGAGGAACAUUCCUUAUGAUGACCACUGCUGCAGCUGAAGGAUUGUUUAGCCUUUGAAGUGCUGGAGUUUUACUCGUUUAAUUUGGCUUAGUCUGUGCCGUGUCUGUACUUUCUAAUGUUUAGAUUAAAAUCUAUUUCUUAAGGUGAAGUACAACUGAUUUGAGCCCAGCAAAUUGUGAAACCUUCCACCCAACAAUAAAAUGAUUUCAUAAUUAUUUGAUUUGGA